AUGGAGAAAACUUUAGAGCAACGCUAUGCGAUAAAGUUUUGCGUGAAGCUGAAAAAGACGCCGCUUGAAACUUUUAAAAUGCUUAAGGAAGCCUUCGGGGACGAUUGCCUUUCCAGAUCGCAGUCCAACAGAUGGCACAAGAUGUUUAGAGAAGGUCGGAAGGACAUCACCGACGAGGCCCGCGCAGGACGCCCGUCAACAUCGCGAACGGACGAUCAUGUGACUCGUGUGCGCCAGUUACUGAAUUCAGACCGUCGAAUGAGUGUUCGCUUGAUGUCGGAAUUAUUGACCUUGCCGAAAACGGUUGUUCAUGAGAUUGUAUCGGAAGACUUGGCCAUGCGGAAGAUUUGCGCAAAACUCGUGCCCAAAGUUUUGACCGAUGCGCAAAAGCAACACCGAGUGGAAGUGUGUAGAGAACUCAAGGAACUCUGUGAACAUGAUCCCAAUUUCCUGGACAACGUUAUCACUGGGGAUGAGUCAUGGAUCUUUGAGUACGAUCCGGAGUCAAAGAAACAGAGUGCAGAAUGGCACACGACGUCGUCGCCACGCCAGAAGAAGGCUCGCAUGAGCAAGUCCCGGAUGAAGUCCAUGCUCAUUGUUUUUUUUGAUGCAAAGGGGAUAGUGCACCAUGAAUUCGUACCUACUGGCCAGACCGUCAACGCUCAAUUUUACAAGGAAGUGCUUCAGAGACUGAAUCACAGGGUUGCCCGCGUUCGGAAGGAGAUCCGCGCUUCGUGGAAACUCCAUCACAAUAACGCGCCGGCUCACACCGCCUUUGUUGUCACGGCCUACCUGACCAAGAUCGGUGUGACAACGUUGUCGCAGCCACCCUACAGUCCCGACCUGGCCCCGGCGGACUUUUUUUUGUUUCCUCGGCUGAAAAGGAACCUCAAAGGAAAGCAUCUCGAGUCGGUGGAUAACGUGCAAGCUACUACGACGGCUUACCUGAAGAGCAUCCCGCGUGAGGAGUUCCUGAAAGCAUAUGACGCAUGGAAAUCGCGUUGGCAAAAAUGUAUUGAUGCAGAAGGGCCAUACUUUGAAAAAUUUUAA